GCUGUGAAGAAACUUCUUCGAUGCCACACUGCAUUUGCAGUUAACGAAGCUCCUCUCACAAACCCUCUGCUACUCAUCUUCCUCACACUGCAAUUUUCCUAUUAUUCCUUAUCCCUUAACAACAAAGUUUUUCAUUCGCAAAAGCACGAAGAGUGCGUCGUCCUCAUGUCGCGACAGAGAUCCAGAAGAGUCGAACUACCUCCCGCUCAAGAGAAUAUUGAAAAAUUGGAGAAGGUUGUGAACGAGGGAAAUUAUUAUGGAGCUCAGCAAAUGUACAAAUCCAUUAGUGCCAGAUAUGUAUCUGCUCAGAGGUACACCGAAGCAUUAGAUAUCCUACAUUCAGGAACGUGCAUUCAAUUGUCCAAUGGGCAGGUAACCUGUGGAGCAGAGUUAGCUUUAUUGUUUGUGGAGAUAUUAGGAAAAGGGAAAGUUCCUUAUGAUGAGGAGAUUCUUGAACGUCUCAAGAAAAUCUAUAUAUCAUUUCCUCGGGUUGCAUUACCCCAACACCUGUGGGAUGUUGAUGACAUGCAGCAGCUUUCUGAAAGCAUUGGAAGUGCAAAGACACGUGUUGAGGGCUGUUCCUCAUUCUUAAAAGCUGCUAUCAAGUGGUCUGCCGAAAAUGGAGCAGGUAUUAAUGGAUCUCCAGAGCUGCACAUCAUGCUAGCUGAAUACAUAUUUUCUGAAAGUCCGGAGGUGGAUAUGGCUAAAGUUACAUAUCAUUACGUGAAAGGAAAUAAUCCAAAGAAGUUUGCUACUACUCUCGUCAGUUUUUUGGGCAAGUGUUACCCUGGUGAAGACGAUUUGGCCAUUGCUCGGGCAGUUUUAAGGUAUUUAUCUGUAGGCAAUUUGAAAGACGCGAACAUACUAAUGGAUGAGAUAAAGACGCAAGUCGAAUCAGCUGAGGUUACAUUUCCUAAGACAGAGUUGAUGCAAUUCAUUAAUUAUCUUCUGCGAACGUUGGAGAGAGAUGCUCUGCCUCUUUUUAAUAUGUUAAGAGCAAAUUUUAGGCCAAGUAUUGAAAGGGAACCUGCGUUCAAUGAGAUGCUAGAUGAUACUGCCGAGAGGUUCUUUGGAGUACAACGAAAGAACCCCAUGGGGAUGUUUGGAGAUAUAUUCAAGUUGAUGGGAGCCGAGUAAUGAUAAUCAAUAUGGAGAUACAACAGCCACUCCGACAGAACAUUCAAAUAUUUCUGAAAUUUUUUUCACCUCAUCGAUCAAAAUCUGUGUUAUCUCGUGAUUUGUAAAUGCUUUUAACAAAAUUUUGUUUAGUACCCAUUUCGAGAAAAAAAUUAUGUAAAAUUACUGUUAUUAGCUUUUUGUUUUCUGGCAAAAUCGGGGUUGGAAUGACUUGCAGAGAACCAAAACUUUUCCUGUUGAGCACCUUUUCAUUUUCCAUUUGAUCAUUGUUAUAAAUGGACGCCGCAUCUGAAAUGUUUUCCCUUCCA